AUGGCGCGGUCAAAACGACGUCCCAAGCCUCCCAGACGAGUUGAGGAGGAAGAUGAGGGGACGCCGGGACAACCAGACAGCCUGUCACAGACGUUGGCUGGUGCUACCGCAGGCGCGGGUGAAGCGGCGGCCCCGGACACCGCCGCCCCACCUCCGCCCGCCACCCCACCCACCACCACCACUCCACCCAGGUCGCCACACCAUGCACCUUCUCACACACCUGUCUACCCUGAUUUCUCAGUAUUCUUCCAAUGGUUUGCUGACAGGAGGCGGCCGCUCGACGGCGCGCCCGGUGCGGCUCCGACGAACCCCCAGACGCUUGGGAGUCCUGGCGGUGCACAGAGCGGCUCCGGUACCCACCCACCUGUGCAGAAAGCAGCUGUCACACCUCCGCCGCCACUGUCACACGACGUGACGUACCAAGUGUUUCGUGAGUGGAGGAGACGUUGGGAGGACUACGCGACGAUGAUCGACCUGCCCAGCCUGACGCUGCCUAAACAGAGGAUCCAGCUACGUAUGUGCCUCACUCUGGAGACGCAGAGGGUGUUAGAGCACACAUUACAGGUGUCGCCUACCUCUCUCAAGCCAGUUGAUGAAGUGCUUGACAUUCUCCAGGCUCAUAUACGUGACUCCAACAACGAGGCAUUGCGUCGGCGAGCCUUCACUAGCUGUCGGCAGGCGAGAGGCGAGCCCUUCUCCGAGUUUCUCGUCCGACUGAAGAGCCUGGCGGAGGAAUUCGACAUCUGUAAGGCUCACCACCUGGACUGUGAAGAGGCCUGGAUGAAGCACGGUAUCCUGACAGGCGUCCACGACGAGGAAUUGGUGACCAAGAUUGUGUCCCUCGACGCCGCCUCUACUCUUGCUGACGUCAUCAAUGUAUGCAGGGCCCACGAGGCGACGCGGUCAGCCGCCUCUGCCAUACGUGCCUCACCUACAGUGUCUGCUGUCUCAACGUAUAAACAGACGAAGAAAGCAGCACACAAACCUGGAGUCCCCCCUCGCCAACCUUCACCCACUCAUCGGGCGCCUACCUCCUGCAGCAGCUGCGGCAGGCGAGACCACGGCCCGAAGGGCUGCCCAGCAACAGGUGUUACGUGCAGAGGUUGUGGGAAGACUGGCCACUACGCUUUGAUGCCCAAGUGCCCAGCCAGGCAGUCUACGUGCACUGCUUGUAACCGUCUGGGGCACCUGGAGAAAGUCUGCAAGCAAACCAAGGCAAGGAGGUCUCAUGAGGGCCCACCUGAGGCCUCAUGUCAGUCUCCUAUCAGUACUCGUGAUGACCCGACACCUCCUCCUACUGUACGAGUGGAAGUGUUGCAUGACGGUCACUCUGGUGGUCUGGACUUCAUUCCCGACACUGGUGCCGACACGACGGUCAUCGGCCCACAGCACUUGAGAAUGUUGGGCAUCGACAGACAGGCUCUUGGUCCUCCUCCAUCCCUUGCCUACUACAACGCUGAUGGGACGAAGAUGUCUGCUGCCCUCGGUUCGCUCCAGGCCACACUAGUCUACGGCGAGCUGUCUUGUACGGGCUGGAUAGAUGUGCAGGGUUCGUGGAACACCCCACUUCUGUCCCGUGAACACUGUCGUGCUUUGGGGAUCGUGCCUCACGACUUCCCUGCUCAGAUUUUCUCAGCACGAGGCAGUGUCGCCAGUGUAAGGGAGGCGACAAACGCUCCAGCUCCACGUUCCAGCGUGCCUGCGUUACCUCUUCUCAGCACCACUUCCCCAGACGCAGCGAAGGAGUACUUCUUGAGGGAGUACCAGGAUGUCCUCUUGACAAAGGAUUCCACACAGGAUGCUCCACUCAAGCCGAUGUCUGGACCGCCGAUGAGGAUCCACUUACGAGACGACGCCCAGCCGUUUGCUGUCCACACGCCGAGGCUUAUUCCUUUGGCCUACAGGGACGCAGUGAAAGCUGAGCUGGACUCUAUGGUGGCACGAGGCGUUAUUGCUCCUGUUGGUGACGUCCCAUCUUAUUGGUGCCAUCCGAUGGUUGUUGUGCCGAAACCUGGUGGAGGUGUCAGGAUCACUACGGACCUGAGUAAGUUGAACGCACAAGUAUCUCGGCCUGCACACCCAUCACCCACGCCUUUUGCAGCCAUCCGGAGCGUCGAUGCCAGGGCACGCUACUUCACCACGAUUGACGCGUUGUGUGGAUAUUGGCAGAUACCCUUGCAUGAGGACGACCAGGCCCUGACUACGUUCAUCACUCCAUAUGGGCGCUUCAAGUACCUCCGAGGUCCCAUGGGUUUCGCAGCCACAGGCGACGCCUUCUGCCUCCGAGGAGACAUCGCGCUACAGGGAGUGCCACAGUGUGUCAAAGUCGUGGAUGACAUUCUCGUGUACGACGAGGAUUACUUCACACAUCUACGCCACGUUAACGACAUCUUGGCCAGAUGCCGAGCCCAUGGCAUCACUUUAAAUGCCAAGAAGUUUGUGCUGGCGGCUCCAUCAGUGUCCUUCUGCGGCUACAGGCUCUCCCAUGACGGCAUCGCAGCAGACCCUGACAAGGUUCGGGCCAUCACUGAGUUUGCUACGCCUGCUACGUUGACCGACCUUAGGUCCUUCAUGGGCCUUGUCAACCAGCUCGCCAGCUUCUCGCCCGACCUCGCUGCCACUGCUGCGCCUCUACGCCCACUUUUGAGCCCCAAGAAGUCGUUUGUGUGGACGCCCGACCAUGAGCAAGCCUUCCAACGUGUGAAGAUGGCCUUGGCCAGCCCACCAGUCCUUGCUGCCUUUGACCCUGCUCUCCCUACGACUCUGCAGACCGAUGCUUCCCGCCUGUAUGGGCUGGGUUAUGCCCUACUGCAGGACCACGGUGGUGGACAGCAGCGUCUCGUCCAGUGCGGCUCACGUUUCUUGACGGAUACAGAGACCCGAUAUGCGACGAUCGAGUUGGAGAUGUUAGCUGUCGUAUGGGCCAUGGGGAAGACCAAGUUCUACCUCACAGGAUUGCAACACUUUAACCUCGUCACCGAUCAUCGCCCUCUAGUUCCCAUCCUAAACAGCUACUCCCUUGACGCUAUAGAGAAUCCACGUCUACAACGCCUCAAGGAGAAGAUCGCCCGUACAUCUUCACAGCUGUAUGGCGCCCGGGCAAGGAGUUGUGCUGACGAAGUCCUUGGCACUGAUACCGGCUUCCAAGUUAGGAGUAUCGCUACACUACGUGCGAUGGAGUCUCUUGCUCCGUUGGUGCCUCCUGAUGUUGCAGAAGCACCUCCUGGCAGUGACCUUGCCCUUGAGGAGCUUCGUAAGGUGGCAACCGAGGACCCCGAGUACGUCCAGCUCCUUCAUUUUGUGAAGAACGGAUUCCCUAUGGACAGGUACGCCCUCCCCAACGUGCUCCGCCCGUACUGGAAGUUACGGAGGACCUCUACUGUGAUGAGGAUCUCGUCCUGUACGGUGCACGAGUGUUGGUGCCUACAGCCCUACGUCGCCGUGUCUUGGCCCGCCUGCACGACAGCCAUCGUGGUGUCGAAGCCACCAAGCGCCGUGCUAGGCAGGCUGUGUUCUGGCCAGGCGUGGAUGCUGACAUUGCCAACACUGUUCGAGAAGGCUUUCUUAGUCAUUGCAGAUCGUCUGUCCGGCUGGCCUGUCGUCGUGUCCUGUGGCGCUGAUACGACGUCUGCUGCCACCAUUCGCCAUUUCCGCCGCCUCUUCAGGGACCUGGGUGUUCCUGUACGCCUGCGCACGGACGGUGGCCCACAGUUCGCCAGCCGGGAGUUUUCUACGUUCCUCGAGCGCUGGGGAGUCCGUCACGACACAUCGACGCCCCAUUACCCACAGUCUAACGGCCAUGCCGAGUCUGCAGUGAAGGCCGUGAAGCACUUCAUCCAGAAGGUGGCACCGUCUGGCAAUAUAGACUGUGAGGCGUUCGACAGGGGUCUCCUGGAGCUUCGGAACACCCCCAACCAGACGGGUCGCUCUCCAGCUCAAGUCCUGUAUGGUCGCCCUUUACGCUCUUGCGUCCCCGCACAUGCCAGCGCCUUCCAGAAACAGUGGCAGGCCAGGGACGAGAGUUGCGACCGUCGAGCUGCUGCCCGUCUCCGUGAUGCCACAAGUCGCUACGACGCUCACGCUCGGCCUCUUCCACCCCUGCAGCGAGGUGACGUGGUUCGGAUCCAGGACCCGACUACGCAGCGGUGGGACAAGGUUGGCACCAUCAUGGGCGUUGGCAGGUCACGGGAUUACCUGCUCAAGAUGCCCAGUGGCCGAGUGUGGUGGAGGAACAGGCGCUUCCUCCGCCCUGCUCCACCCCUAAACGCUUCUUCUACGAUGGAGGACGCCACUGCUCCCUUGGCGGCACCUGAUACGGUGGUGCCCCGCAGGUCGCCACGACUCCAGGAGAAGGCGUCCGCAGCUGCAGUCGCUCGAGUCCCUGUGGACUUCUGAGCGCAGAAUGGGGGGGGAGAUGUGGGUUAUGUAUUGUAUUAAUGCAUAUUACGUGUAUGUGGCAACACUGUGUAUUUCUCUGCGCAUUCAGCUAGCGCGUGAGCCUGUGCUCCCGAGUCGCUACUGGCCGCCAUUUCCUACCCUUUGUAGCUCUAAGGACAAGUAAAGAAUCUACGUGUA